CAAACAACAACAGCUUCUUUUUUGACAAGAAAUCAUAUCCCUCUAUGAUACAUAUGGUUUGUUUGACAAGAAACCAAUAAACAAAGCCCAUAAACAAUUCCCUUACCCACCUUAUUAAUACACAGUACUACAACUACACACACCACUCAAAAACACACAAAUCCCCCAAAGAUGGCUCUGAUUAAAUCCAAUCAAACCCCAAUCAAGAUCAUGAUCCUCACAAUCCUGACCGUCCUUUUACUGGGCCCAGUUUCUCAAACCCACGCCAGAAAGCCCCACGUCAUCACCUUCCGAUCCCCGAACCUCUACCCUGAAGGCCUAACCUACGACCCAUCGGCCCAACACUUCCUCGUAGGUUCUGUCCGCGACCGCAAAAUCGAGUCUGUCUCCGACGCUGGAGUCGUCGAAACUCUAAUCUCCGACCUCGACCUCCCCGAAAACGCCACCGUUUUGGGCCUGGCCGUAGACACCGUCAACAAACGCCUCCUCGCCGCCGUCACCGCCGUCGAUCCGCUCGCUCACUUCACCGCCCUGGCCUCUUACGACCUCCAAAAACGACGCCGCAUCUUCCUCUCCGUACUCGAAGACGAUGACGUCACCACCGCGACGACACGUCAGACAGCAAACGACGUCGCGGUGGAUUUCGAAGGAAACGCCUACGUAACCAACUCGGUCUCGAACUUCAUCUGGAAAGUCAACAAGGAAGGACAGCCGUCGAUCUUCUCGAAAUCAAAGGUUUUCACUGCCCAACACGUGGACCAAAACGCACCGUUUAGUUUCUGCGGGCUAAACGGGAUCGCUUACGUCAGCAAGGGGUACUUGUUGGUGGUGCAAUCCAAUACGGGCAAGAUGUACAAGGUCGACGCGGACGACGGGACUGCGAGGCAGGUUUUGUUGAACAGAGAUUUGAGUUUUGCUGAUGGGAUGGCGAUACGAAGAGACGGCGUCGUUUUGGUGGUGUCCCACAAGAAGCUGUGGUUUUUGAAGAGCCAGGAUAGUUGGGCGGAAGGUGUGGUGUUCGACGAGGUUGAGCUCGACGAGGAAGGGUUUGCGACCUCGGUGGCGGUGGGUGCGGAAGACAGGGCUUACGUGUUGUAUGGGCAUGUGUUGGAGGGACAUAUCAAUGGGAUUUCAGGGAGAGAGGGGUUUAGGAUUGAGGAAGUGAGGUCUGAGAGAGAGAACGAGGAUGAGAAGGUUUGGGUUUAUGUUUUGGUUGGUUUGGGUUUGGCUUAUUUCUUGUUUUGGAGGUUUCAGAUGAAACAGCUUGUUAGGAACAUGGAUAAGAAGACCAAUUGAGUUUUUUGUUUUUUUUGUUUGUUCCCUUAAUUUAAGUUUUUAUGGAAUCAAAGGAAGUUUGUUUUUAUA